CUUUGCCUGCUCCUCCCAUCACCACUUCACUCAGAGGCGGCCACUGGCCCAAGACGAAAAAAGAGCCAGUCUCUGCUGCACCAUUGCGUUCUCCAGCUUCAGUUCUCAAGCCCUGUAGCCGAGAAGGCGAGCCCAAGGAGGCGGGUUCGCUGAGGCCUCUCCCAAGGCCAAAGCAAGAAGACCUUACUGCGCACGCGCAAUAGGCAGCCGAUGGAGCCACCGAUGGAGCCGUCCGGAGGGGAGCAAGAGCCCGGAGCCGUCAGGCUCCUGGACCUGCCUUGGGAAGACGUGCUGCUCCCACAUGUCCUGAGCCGGGUGCCGCUACGCCAGCUGCUCCGGCUGCAGCGCGUCAGCCGGGCCUUCCGGGCGCUCGUGCAGCUGCACCUGGCGGGGCUGCGCCGCUUCGACGCCGCUCAGGUGGGUCCGCAGAUCCCGCGGGCCGCUUUGGCCUGGCUGCUGCGGGACGCUGAGGGGCUGCAGGAGCUGGCGCUGGCGCCGUGUCACGAAUGGUUGUCGGACGAGGAUCUGGUGCCGGUGCUGACGCGGAAUCCGCAGCUGCGGAGCGUGGCGCUGGCUGGCUGCGGGCAACUGAGCCGCCGCGCGCUGGGGGCGCUGGCGGAGGGCUGCCCCCGCCUGCAGCGCCUUUCCCUCGCGCACUGUGACUGGGUAGACGGCCUGGCGCUGCGCGGCCUCGCCGACCGCUGUCCGGCCCUUGAGGAGCUGGACCUCACCGCCUGCCGUCAGCUCAAGGAUGAGGCCAUCGUAUACCUGGCGCAGAGGCGCGGCGCGGGCCUCCGCAGCCUCUCGCUGGCAGUCAACGCCAAUGUGGGGGACGCCGCAGUCCAGGAGUUGGCUCGGAACUGCCCGGAACUCGAGCACCUCGACCUAACCGGCUGCCUCCGCGUCGGAAGCGACGGCGUCAGGACAUUGGCCGAGUACUGCCCGGCGCUGCGCUCGCUGCGGGUGCGGCACUGCCACCAUGUGGCCGAGCCCAGCCUGAGCCGCUUGCGGAAGCGCGGCGUGGACAUCGACGUGGAGCCGCCGCUGCAUCAGGCCCUGGUGCUGCUGCAGGACAUGGCAGGCUUUGCACCCUUUGUCAACCUGCAGGUCUGAUCUGCCUGCCGAUGGGGCACAGCUGGACUGUGUGGCGGGGCCUGACUAUGAACUGUAGGGAAACUGGACUGUAGGGGCCUCUGGUUAGAGGCGGAUGCCCUGCCCCACCCUGGAGCUUCAAAUAAAGAGCUUUUUACCCCCUCU